CAUCAUUCUAGUCUCUGGGUCUCUCUGCGAGUAUAGGUAACCAAUUGGCCCAGACACCGAAUCUUCUGUGUUGCUCUUUCUGGGCGGCGGGAAAGGACUAACAGAAACAGCAAGCAAGGCGCACGGGUUGAGAAAGUGGCUGUGCCAGCAAAUGAUCAUGGAUCCAGGUUACCUUUAGUAGAUCAGCACCCGCACCACAACCCACACGUACCCAGCUCCGACCCGCCCUCAUCCCGAGAGGAAAUCACGGUUCCCGCAGCAGUCGGGUGCCGCCCCACCUUGUCCCACGCUGUACCUGGAGCCCCGCCCCUCCACACACACCCGCACCCCCUGGUCCCGCCCCUCUCGCUGCCCCUCCCUCUGCGCCCUGCCCUGCCCCAGUCCGCUCCCGCGGCGCCGGCAGUGCAGGUCUCUCUCAUCAGUACCGCAACUGGAGCGGUGCAAGCAACAGCAGAAAGCGGCUCCGAGUCCGCACCUGGGAGUCGCUCCCGGACGCAACGCGCCCGCAGUGCCCGCUGCUCCCAAGCUGGCAUGGGGAGGCCCGGCUGAGCGCCGCACCCCACCUCUGAGACCCGCCCGCUCCUCAACCGCGGCCCUCGCGCGCACGGGCGAUGGCGAAAGCGACGUCCGGCGCCGCAGGGCUGGGGCUGAAGCUAUUUUUGCUGCUGCCGCUGCUAGGAGAAGCCCCACUGGGACUCUACUUCUCAAGGGAUGCUUACUGGGAGAGGCUGUAUGUGGACCAGCCAGCUGGCACACCUCUGCUCUAUGUCCAUGCCCUACGAGAUGCCCCUGGAGAAGUGCCGAGCUUCCGCCUGGGCCAGCAUCUCUAUGGCGUCUACCGCACACGGCUGCAUGAGAAUGACUGGAUCCGCAUCAAUGAGACUACUGGCCUUCUCUACCUCAAUCAGAGCCUGGACCACAGUUCCUGGGAACAGCUCAGCAUCCGCAAUGGUGGCUUCCCCUUGCUCACCAUCUUCCUACAAGUCUUCCUGGGGUCCACAGCCCAGAGAGAGGGAGAAUGCCAUUGGCCAAGCUGUGCCCGUGUAUACUUCUCCUUCAUCAACGACACCUUCCCAAACUGUAGCUCCUUCAAAGCCCAGGAUCUCUGCAUCCCGGAGACAGGUGUGUCCUUCCGCAUCAGGGAGAACAGACCUCCUGGCACCUUCUACCGGUUCCACAUGUUACCCGUGCAGUUCCUUUGUCCCAACAUCAGUGUGAAGUACAGUCUCUUAGAAGGGGACAGUCUGCCCUUCCGUUGUGACCCAGACUGCCUGGAGGUGAGCACUCGCUGGGCGCUGGAUCGGGAGCUUCGGGAGAAGUAUACGCUGGAGGCUGAGUGCGUAGUAGUAGGCACGGGUGCCAACAAAGAGAAGGUGACUGUGUCCUUCCCAGUGACAGUGUACGAUGAGGACGACUCGGCGCCCACCUUCUCCGGAGGUGUGGGCACUGCCAGUGCUGUGGUGGAGUUUAAGCGGAAGGAGGGUACUGUGGUGGCCACUCUGCAGGUGUUUGAUGCAGAUGUGGUGCCAGCAUCUGGGGAGCUGGUGAAACGAUACACAAGCACACUACUCUCAGGGGACUCCUGGGCCCAGCAGACCUUCCGGGUGGAGCACUCACCCAUUGAGACCAUGGUCCAGGCCAACAACAACUCCGUGCGGGCAACCAUGCACAAUUACAAGCUGGUUCUCAACAGGAGCCUCUCCAUCUCAGAGAGCCGAGUCCUGCAGCUAGUGGUCCUGGUCAAUGACUCAGACUUCCAGGGGCCUGGGUCAGGUGUCAUCUACCUUCAUUUCAAUGUGUCUGUGCUGCCUGUCACCCUGAACCUACCCAGGACCUACUCCUACCCAGUGAAUAGGAGGGCCCGCCGUUAUGCCCAGAUCGGGAAAGUCUGUGUGGAAAACUGCCAGGAGUUCAGUGGUGUCUCCGUCCAGUACAAGCUGCAGUCCUCCAGCACCAACUGCACUGCUCUAGGUGUGGUCACAUCGCCCAAGGACACCUCGGGGAUCCUAUUUGUAAAUGACACAGAGGCCUUGCGGCGACCUGAGUGCACCGAGCUUCAGUACACGGUGGUAGCCACUGACCGGCAGACCCGCAGGCAGACCCAGGCUUCCUUAGUCAUCACAGUGGAG